UUUCCGUUAUUGCUAUAGAAAGAGGGAGAUUGACGACAAUUCAUAUUGUGCAAGAAAGUCAAGAUUUUCAGCCUGUUAACACAAAGCCUUAAUGGCAACAUUUACCAAUAGCAGCCAACCUCCAACAUGGGGUCAACCUGCAUCUAGUUUUAUGAAUCCAGAAUGGGAAAAAGCAAGACAAGCAUUAGAAAAAGUACAGUCAAUAACAAAAAGUCCAACAAAACCAGUGCAAAGUAAUCCAAAUCAAGUUCAACAACCAUCGCCAGCUGAUAUGUAUUAUCAACAAUAUAUGUAUUAUACACAGUAUAUGCCACCAAACCCAAACAUGGGAAUGGGUGGAGCACCAAGACCGAUGGGAAUAGGUGGACCACAAGGACCAAUGGGAAUGGGUGGUCCUGCUAGAAUGAAUGGACCAUCAUUUACAAACUUCAGUCAGCCUCCACCUCCACCACCAGAAGAAAAUGACAGUCCAGUCAAAAAUGGUACUAAUGAAGAAUCCUUUGGUGAAUAUACUCCCAACCAGAGACCUGGUGAUUCACAAAAUAAUCAUCCAAUUAACAAUCCUAGGGGACAACAGAUGCAAGGACCACGCUUCCAAAAUAGACCAAGGCAACCUCUAGGACCAGGUGGAAUAAGAUUUAGUUUACCAAAGAAAAACAGAGGAAGAGGAGCCCAAAAUAUGAACCAAAGAUAUCAGUCCCCAAGGGGACCAAGACCAAACUUUGAUUGGCAAAAUAAACGUGGCAAGUCCCCGUCACAGCAACAAAAUGACCGGUCUCAAUCAAGAGGAGGAAUGGGAGGGCCUGGUUCAUAUCGACAGGACUCUGGAGAGAUUAGUACCAGAAGAGACGAGGCUGAUGAUGUUUUUGAUUCUAGAUCUAAACAGCCAAUCAAUAGUGAGAAAGCAGCAGUAGCAGCACAAGGAGAAUGGCCACCAAGUUUAAGGGAUUAUGUUCAGAGAGCCUUCUCCAGUGUUUCAGAUACAGAUGAGAAGGAUAAGAUGGAGACGGUCCUGAAGGAACUGUUAACUGAUGUCUUUAGUACUGGUAAAGCUUGGUCCACAGACUGGAGUAGAGAACCACUUCCUUUAGGUAAAAAAGACUCAUCAUCACCUCCCAAGUACAGUGACAUGUUUCAAAGGAAAGGGUCUUGGGAAAAUAAAAGGGGGAGCCCAUGGGAAAAUAAAAGGGGAAGAGGGAGGGGGGUUAGAAAAUCAAGCAACUUCCAGGCAGGUGGUAAAAGCUUAUAUUCAAAAGAUAGAGUACCUACAUAUAGGUCAAGGUCAUAUUCAAGUGACAGUUCUAGUUCACGCUCCAGUUAUUCUAAAUAUAGUUAUCCAAGUUCGAGAUCACGGUCUAGGUCACGAUCCAGAUCAAAGUCACCACGACGAAGAGAUGACAGACGUUUAAACAGGCGUAGAAGACGUGACAGCAGUGAAAGUUCAGCCAUCUCAAAGAGAUUAGAGAGCAAAUCAACACCCAGUAAAGAAAAUCGAUUCACAAGAGGUCGUGGAAACAGAAGAGGUAGGGGUGGAAGAGAUACACCAGGAAAAGGCCGAGGAAAUACAAACAAAAAAUCACCAACUGAAACUGGAGGAGGAAAACAACUUAAAAGGAAAGGAAAAAACCAAAUAUUUUUUGAAGAGGAAGAUGAUCCAGAAAAAGAAGCCAGAUUAAACAAAAGGGCUGCAAGAUUUAGCAGUCAUUUACAGAGUAAUAAAAAAGCAAGACAGACUCUAACACUGUCUAUAAACAAUUAUACAAAUUCAUCGGAUGAGGACGUAGAAGAUAUUCACAACUUUAAUAUUGUAGGAACUUGUCAAGAUUUAGAGAAAAGAUACUUACGCUUGACUAGUGCUCCUACAUCAGAUCAGGUAAGACCAGUACAGAUUUUAAAGAAGUCCUUAAAGAUGGUACAGGAAGAUUGGAAGGAGAAACAUGAUUACCACUAUGCCUGUGAACAGCUCAAAUCCAUCAGACAGGAUCUAACUGUUCAAGGUAUCAGAAAUGAUUUAACAGUGAUGGUCUAUGAAACACAUGCUAGAAUAGCAAUGGAAAAGGGAGACCAUGAAGAGUUUAACCAAUGUCAGACACAGUUAAAGUUGUUAUACCAUGAUGAUGUCUCCAAGGGAAACAGAUUAGAGUUUACAGCAUACAGAAUAUUAUAUUAUUUGUUUACUUCUAAUACGCUUGAUAUGACAACAGUGUUAGCUAGUCUAACACCAGAGUGUAGACAGGACGAAUGUGUCCUCCAUGCCUUAGCAGUCAGGUCUGCGUUGGCUUUAUGUAGUUAUCAUAGAUUUUUUAAACUUUAUAGAAUUGCACCAAAAAUGUCAGGUUACUUAUUGGAUUGGUUCACAGAUCGAGUUAGAUUUACAGCCCUGAAAACCAUAGUCAAAUCAUAUCGUCCCACGGUGUCGAUCAGUGUUGUACAGACUGAAUUAGGGUUCUCCAACCUUGAUGAUUGUUUACAGUUCCUAAAGGACAAGGGGGCAGUUUUAUCAGAGGACUCUUCAAUAUUGGAUUGCAAAUCUAGUUCUAAUAUUAUUUCAUCUUGAAGGACCUUAUCUAGUAGUGCAAUUCUUGAAAUGAUCUCAGUUAGUCCAAGGAUUUAUAGGGAAGAGUGGGAUUCCGCCAUUUAUGUGGGAAUUAGGUCAGAGUAGGUACACCCUUGGUCUUGCCAGCAUGUUCAAUAGAAAGCUUAAGAAAUUAUGCAAAAAUUUACUGCAAAGGAAGUUUUCAAAUAAUGAAGGUGCUGUUCAAGAGACAUUGUAAUUUCAUCAUGCUCAGCAACAAAAACAUUGACAUUGUUGAAAUCGUGUGUGUGUUUGUCUUGUGUGUAAAAAAUUUGUUACCUUAUUUGUAUAUGGACGGUUAUGAAGAAUUAUCAUCAAUUUGUUGUUAUUUGGAUUAGUAUAGGUGAAAUAAUCAUGACUUUCAGUUACCAGUAAUAUCCAUCAUUCAGAUGUAGUUGUUCAUUUUCAAUUUCCAUGGUUGGUAUUUGGUUCAUCAACUUAGUUUAAAUGUUUAGAAAGACGCAACAUCUUAAAGAAGCACAGCAGUCCUAGCUUACCACAAAAUCAACAAACAUCAAUAUAGAAAAUAUCCUCAUCCAAGGCGAUAAGACAUGUCCAUAAAACGCUUUCACCAGUAAGGUAUUGAGUCAAAUGUUGUUACUGCAGAGUGAUCAUUUCCAUCAGUCGCAUCAUCUUUUACAGUAUCAUUCAGCAUAUAUUGUGUUAGGUUUAUUCACGACCGAUCAAGGGUAGAAUUUAAUUCCAUUAGGUCUGAGUUGAAUUUUAUAUCACCCUUUACCAGCUUAUUGAGAGAAGUCCCUGCAACCCACUUGUUUAAGUUUCAAUCUACAUUUUCCAAGUACCUGCAAAAGCCAUAAUUUUCACAACAUAUAUUUCAAACCAGUUAUUCUGUCUUUGCCUAACACAAACAUGCAACAACAGUUCUAAUCCAUUGGACUGUAAUAGGAAGAAGCCAUUCCAUUUGCCACUGUUAGCUGUUGCCAGGCAACCAUAGCUCACAACCUUUACCAUUGGAAGAUAUCAGCAAUGUAUUACAAUUGCCACCGUCAGUAGAUAACAGUCAAUACUCCACAAUCUCAACCGUCACCAAGCAGCAGUAAUGUAUCACAAUCUCUACCGUUACCAGUCAUUAAGAAGGCGUAAUGAUUGCAACCGUCAGUAGAUUACCGUAAUAUACCACAAAUUGAUCGUUACCAGACAGCAGCAAUACGUCAUGAUCAAGACUGUUACCAGUCUUUAUCAAUUUCUAUUGAUAGCAACCGUCAGCAGAUAACAGCAAUAUUCCGUUACCUGACCUUUACCAGACAACAGCAAUACAUCAUGAUCGCGACCGUUACCAGUCUUAAGAAAUUCCAUAUAAUAGCAAUCGUCAGUAGAUAACUGUAAUAUUUGCGACUUGACCGUUACCGAACAGCAGUAAUACAUCACAAUCGCGGCCGUCUACAGUCUUUAUCAAUUUCUAAUGAUAGCAACCGUCAGUAGAUAACAGCAAUAUUCCGUCACCUGAUGUUACAAGACAACAGUAAUACAUCAUGAUCGCGACCGUUACCAGUCUUACGCAAUUCCUUAUAAUAGCAUCCGUCAGUAGAUAAUAGCAAUAUUUCGUUACCAGUCGUAAGCAAUUCCUUAAAUUGCAAACAUUAAUAGAUAACGGUAAAAUUACACCACCAGACUGUUCCAGACAACAGAAAUACAUCACAAUCGCAGCCGUUACCAGUCUUUUGCAAUUCCUUAUGAUAGCAACCGUUGGUAGAAAACAGCAAUAUUCUAUCACCUAACCGUUCCAAACAGCAGUCAUACAUCAUAAUCGCUACCGUUACCACUCUUAUAAGGAAUUGCAACCGUCAGUAGAUAGCAGUAAAAUUCCACCACCCGACCGUUACCAGACAGCAGUGAUACAUCACAAUGGCGACCUUUACCUGGCAAUUGUAAUACAUCUCCAUUGCACCGUAACUGAAGGGCCAAUUAAUACCAUGAUGUAUCAUGAGAGUUUCUACCGUUAGCUGUUAUUGUUUCCAUUGAUUCAGCUUUAGCCUGUAGUAUCUGAAGAUGAAAGUUACUGGUUGACAUCUAUAGAUACUACUUUAAUCUCUGUUACAACUGGUAUUUUCACUUCCAGAAAAUAUUUAAUCCCGUAGAUGACUCCAGAAGUAUUAUCAAGCCUUCACGUCAGUAUGGACAUGUCUUAAUUCACAUCCCGUCUUUACCUGUGGAUGAAAGUCAACACUACAGAUACAUCAUGAGAAGAAGUAAGUUUGAAUAGCAGACCAGCAAGAAGGCUGUCAGCUUGAAAUGGUGGAGUUUGGCACUAAUAUCAUCAUUUAUUUUUUUAUUGGCAUGUUUGGUAAUCAGUUAUCUUUAAUUACAUGAUCUUUGGAUUACAGCCGAGCUAGAUUAUAUUCAGCAGUCUUUUCCUGUAGAUGACGACAUUUCUUUUCCAUGUUUAAGAUCUAAACAUGGGGGAUAAAUGUGGCCAUCCAGUUUACCAGUGAGAUUGUCAACUUCUUAUUGUACAUGAACAUUGCUAGACCAGAAGUAAUCAGUAUGGUCUUGAAGCACAAGUCAGUACUGUGGAUCAGUAUUUUAAACAUUAAAACUAUCUGCCAAUAAUUGUAGUAGAUGACUGUUCGAUAUUUGUCUUGGAACUUUGUCUUGUGUUUAGAAAAUGUUUGUAAUACAAGCUAGAUGUCCUGGACAAUUUUCACGAAGACGUAUCUGUUUAGCCUCAAAGGACAUGUUUCAGAUUUGUUUCCUGGAAGUUUUUCUCAGUCUAUAUGUUUAUGUCAUGUCCUGGACUAAUUUUUAACUAUCAAAUGAACUUUAUUUUUGUCAAAACACCAAAUUUUUACUUCUAUUUAUUUCAACAGUAUGAGAUAGAUUCAAAGUAUUUAUUCUUCUAUUCCAUUUGGGACAUUUUAAAUAGUAUUAUUCUUACAACAAAUGUAGCACUUAAAAAUGUUAGACUUGAAGUGAUGUUGAACAUCGUUUGUGAUAUUAACAGCAGGCUGUGAUCACAAUGUACAUGUAUUAAUCCAUUUCUCUUUUUUCAGAUGUAAAAUAUUGUCACAUCUUCAUUCAAAUAUAAUAUGUUUUCAUUAUGAUAUAAUGAUGUACAAAGCAAA